GUGAAGAGGCAAGCAGCAUGGCAGAGCUUUGUGUCUGCUCCGUUCUGGUGACUGGGGCCAACCGGGGCCUUGGCCUGGGGCUCGUCCAGCAUUUCCUGAGGUUGCCAAACCCACCUCAGUGGAUUUUUGCGACCUGUCGGGACCCCAAUGGACAGAGAGCACAGGAGCUGCAGAAUUUGGCCUCCAAACAUCCCAACCUGGUCAUCAUCGGUCUUGAAGUUGCCAAUCCUGCCAGCAUCAAGGCAGCUGCAGCCAAGGUUGGGGAGCACUUGGGGGGCUCUGGGCUGAACCUCCUCAUCAACAAUGCUGGAAUUGUGAAGCCAAACUCCCUUGAUAAUGAGACACCAGAGGAUAUGAUCCAGGUUUACACCACCAACACGGUUGGACCCCUGCUGAUGGGCCAGGGCUCAGAGCUGAGCUGCAGCAAGGCUGCCAUCAUCAACAUGUCCAGCAUUGGCGGCUCCAUCGCUUCUUCCUAUGGUUGGGAGUUGAUGCAGAUCACCUCGUACCGCUGCAGCAAGGCUGCUCUGAACAUGCUGAGCAGGUGCCAGUCCCUGGCGUACAAGGAGCACGGCAUCCUCUGCGUGGCUCUCCACCCCGGCUGGGUGCAAACUGACAUGGGCAGCUAUGCCGGACACACGCCCCCUGUGACAGUGGAUGACAGCGUGCAAGGGAUGCUGAAGGUCCUCUCCUCCCUCUCUGAGAAGGACACUGGCGCCUUCCUGGACUGGGAAGGGAACGUCUUACCCUGGUGAAACACCACUUCAGGAUCCUGGCAGCCAAGAGCUACCUUUGGCACUGCUCCCACCUCCCCCACAUCCUCAAUAAACUCCUGCUGAGACCCCCA